CAGCCUUCUCUGGGAACGGGCAGGCGGCGACCCAAAGCAGAUCUGCACCUCUUAGUCCUGAGACUGAACUCCCUGAAGGGGUGCCUAAACAGAGCAUCACCUCAAGCCUUUGGAAUCAAUUUUAGAGGAUGAUACCAAGAAUUUGAAGUUAACAGAUUGAAGCCAUGGCCAUUCUUUUUGCUGUUGUUGCCAGGGGAACCACUAUCCUUGCCAAACAUGCUUGGUGUGGAGGAAACUUCCUGGAGGUUACAGAGCAGAUUCUGGCCAAGAUACCUUCUGAAAAUAAUAAACUAACUUACUCACACGGCAAUUACUUGUUUCAUUAUAUCUGCCAAGACAGGAUUGUGUAUCUUUGUAUCACUGAUGAUGAUUUUGAACGUUCCAGAGCCUUUAAUUUUCUGAAUGAGGUAAAGAAAAGAUUUCAAACCACUUAUGGUUCAAGAGCCCAGACAGCCCUUCCAUAUGCCAUGAAUAGCGAGUUCUCAAGUGUCUUGGCUGCACAACUGAAGCACCACUCUGAAAAUAAGGGUCUAGACAAAGUGAUGGAGACUCAAGCCCAAGUGGAUGAACUGAAAGGAAUCAUGGUCAGAAACAUAGAUCUGGUAGCUCAACGAGGAGAAAGAUUGGAAUUAUUAAUAGACAAAACAGAAAAUCUUGUGGACUCAUCUGUCACCUUCAAAACUACCAGCAGAAACCUUGCUCGAGCCAUGUGUAUGAAGAAUCUCAAGCUUACUGUCAUCAUCAUUGUUGUAUCAAUUGUGUUCAUCUACAUCAUUGUGUCAAUGAUCUGUGGUGGAUUUACAUGGCCACACUGUGGGAAGAAAUAAGAAAGAAUAAGUUACCACCAACCAAGGAUGUGUGAGGACAAGAAGUUAAAAGCAAUCCAUGUGACUCAAACCUUUCACUGCUGACAGAUGGUGUCUGCCAGUCUCUUCACUCUUUUCACUUAAAAAAAAUCUUGUUCAAUGCCUCCAGAUCUGUAUUUGUUCUAACAGCUGAUUUAUUCCAGUGAACUUCAGAUUAAAUCAUUCAUUGCAGCAGUAGCCUUAAAAAGGGCUUUUUUGUGCAUUGCUUUUGUGAACUAGUGCCAUCUACUUAAAGAAACAUUUCUGUUUGUAAUCGCACAAAACUGUCACCAAGACGGAAACCACCAGUCUUAGAGCUAAUAGAGUUGUGGAGGAACAUCAUAUGUGUACUCAGAAACAGUUAAGACACAGAUAGUAUUGCUAAUAGCUGUAUUGUGAUGUUGGAGAAUUUUAGGUGCUUCAAAACAAUAUAAAUGGGGAAUAGAUGUUAUUUGAGAAUUCAUAAUCAAAUUAUUGGUGCUGCUUAUUUCUAGGAGCCCAGACAGAUAAAAUUACAUAUUUUUAUUUCGGUCAGAUAAGUACUAUUUUAUUAGCCCUUUAGAGGCACAGAGAAUUCUCCUUGUCCUUCUAGAUUCUGUAUUCACUUUCAGGAAUAAAGUUCAGUGUGCUGAUCACUCACAAUACAGUAGAUAGCUUGAUAUUCUCUACUUCUCUAUUGCAAUUGAUGUGAGAGAAUUAUUGUUUAAGCAUUGUUGACAGUUGUGCUAUGUGUGUACAUAUAUAAACAUACAUAUGUGUGUGUGUGUAUAAACUGCUGAUAUUUAGGGUAACUGUAAUGUUAAUUAAAGGGAUGUUAGAGUGCAGAAGAAAAUUUCUCUGAUUCACCAAAGAAAAAGAAAGGAACCACAGUUGAUAUGCUAGCAUUUGAGCAGUAAAAGAGGGAUAGUGUGGAAAAAUUUGUUCAUUCUGAAAAAGCCCUAACUAAAUAUAGUCAGCAAUCAGCUCCAGAGUUAGUGUUUGAUUCCUGUUGCAUAGUUUGAGCAUCCUUCAUUGCUUAAUAUUGUUUUUAAUCUGCCUAACUUUUGGAGUUAUUUUGGGAAAUCUGAAAGAAACAGUAUGAUGUAUAUAAACAAUAGACAGUUUAAUAUCCAUUCUGCAUUGUGAGAAAAUUUGACCUUGAUCAUGCUGUUUAGCUUCUCUAGCAUCUGUUACCUGGUAUUUGGUGUGUAACUGAAAGGAAAACAUAUUUUAUCAAUAAGUGCCAUUAAGUGGAAGUUACAUUACAAGUUACUCUUCCCAAUGAAAGAACCAGUAAAUGUAUGUAACUUAGUCGCCUGUUUAGCCUAGUCAUGUACUUUGAAUGUGUCCCAUAAUCUUGCUUGUGGUUCCUGUUCUUUUGACCUUUAAAUUCAUGCUUUCUUAAUCAUUUAUUUCAUAUAUUGCUUUACAUCCACUACAAACUACUUUUCUUCUGGAUCUUACAUACUGCAAAUAUUGUGUCCCAUCUUUAUCAACACUAAUGCCUUGUAACUCUUUAUCAGCAUUUUCCUUUUGUAAAGUAUAUUUGUCAAGAAAAACAUUUGGCAUUCCUAAGUAAUAAUUUCCAAAUUUGUCUAAUCAAAGGAAAAACAGUUUGUUUCCCUUUCUUAUACACACCUGAACAAAUUUGAUGUUGAUGUGCAUGUUUUAAGGGUCAGCUACUUAACUGUUCCUUGGUUUAUUUAUGUAUAAUAAUGCUUUUUAAAGCACAUGUCUUAUUGUAAAUUAUGCACAAAAACAUUAAUAAAACUUAAGAGUAAUACA